CCAAACAAAACCUCUCAAUUUUCUGUGCUCUAUUGCUGCAAAUUCUCUAUAUAGAUUCUCUUGGUAUUUAGAGUGUUGAGUGCAGGUGAGUGGAUAUCAGCAAAGGACAAUUGAAAGGCUAUUUCACAUCGGGAGAGAUUGCAGCUAGUGCACAAAGUGAGCAGCUUGUGUGAAAAAAAAAAAAACAUAUAGCGGUGAGUCAAGUUCAACUCCAACAUCGAUAAGGAAUUCAUCCGAUCAAAAUGAAAAUUGAAUUAAAGAAGAUUAGGGUAACCUUGCAUGAUACUCAGGAGGACCAUUUUUGUGUGCGCGCGCGCCUGUGUAAUUCAAGAACCUGCUAAGAGUAGUAACUUCAACAAUUUACUGGUCCACUGUUUGGCUGAUUACAGUUUUAUAUGAAUAUCAGUGUUGAGGUCGGAUCCUGUGAACAACUUCCAGCGAGAGAAUACGCCUCGAUCAGUUGAAUAGUUGAGAAGAAAUACAUACAAAGACUAGGCGCACAUAAUCGCGAUGUCGUUAAUAGUGGGGGCUAUGGUCCAGACUCUAACGGAGCAUGUGUUCACAGCUCUAAUGAACCAGGCUGAAUUUGCACUUGACUUCAGCGGCCAGUUUGAGCAGUUGAAGACAUGGCUUGAUCUCACCAAGGCCUUACUUGCAGACACGGAGAGUCUCAACCACAAGAACAACAUUGUCAAGGCAGCAUUAUUUAAGCUGAGAGAAGUCAUCUACGAAGCUGACGAUGUACUCACUGAUUGCUUGGUUAGAGAUGAAUACAGAAAGGAUGGAUCUUGUUCCGGCUCCUUGUUUCACGAUCCAUUCUUCCUGCAUCGUACUGGAAAGAAAUUGAAAGACAUUAAUUUGCGUAUGAAGGAGAUAGAGCAGACCUUGGGCAAGUUUUUGAGGGCUCCUGAUAUCAUCCAUAGAGAAGAUGCAUACCAAGGUAGGGUGAUGGUUUCACAGGACUGGAAUCCAACUGAGAUAAUUGGGUUGGAUAGCGAUGUGGAGAAGAUUAAAGGUUGGCUUUUGGACACUAGCAAGGUACUUUCCCACGUAGGCAUUGUGGGAAUGGGAGGCUUGGGGAAAACCACCAUUGCUCAAAAGAUAUUUCAUGAUCUAGAAGUAGUAGACCACUUUCACAAGCUGAUAUGGGUGUGUGUUUCGCAAUCAUUCAAUGCUGAUCGGAUUAUGAGGAGCAUCCUAGAAGGUCUAGGAGAAAAUGUCUCCAGAGCUGGUGUUACUCAGAUUUUGAGCAGAAUUCAGAAAGUACUUAAAGAUCAGAGCUGUCUGAUUGUCAUGGAUGAUGUGUGGAAUCAAACAGAUGUUGAUUGGUGGACCAACCUCUGCUCUGUUAUACCCAAGCAAAGCAGCUGCAUCAUCGUUACAACUAGAAAUGAAGAAGCUGUAAUUGGUAUGGGAGUUGAAAGCUCACGAAUCCACCGUCCCAAGACUCUUAAUGAUGAGGAAAGCUGGCGCUUGUUCUCCAAGUUUGCAUUUCCUACAAGCAAGGGAUUGUGCCCGGAGGACAAGCUUGAGAAAUUAGGAAAAGAACUCUUGAAGAAGUGUGGUGGACUCCCACUCGCAAUCAAGACUAUAGGAUCCUUGUUGGCAUCAAAGGUCGCCUCCCCUUCUCAGUGGAGACGAAUUCUGGAGAGCUUUCAUGCUUUGACAACCGAGGGAAGAACUAGCUCAGUUAUGGCCUCUUUGCGACUGAGCUAUGAUGAGCUCCCGCCUGGUCUGAAGCAAUGCCUGCUUUGUUUCUCCAUCUAUCCUGAAGACUAUGAGAUACGUGCUGAUCAGUUAAUCCACUGGUGGAUUGGAGAAGGCCUCGUGCAAAGCAAGGGCUCAAGAACAGCACUAGAAGUGGGAUAUGAGUAUCUCGCGGAACUGAUAAGCAGAUGCUUGGUUGAGAUUGUGCAGCAGAGAGGAUUUGAUGGGAGAGUCUACAAGUGCAAGAUACAUGAUAUGGUGCGGGAACUGAUAAUAAUGAUUGCAGAGGAGGAGGAAUUAUGCGGCUUUGACGAACAAGGCAGACAGAAAUUGACAGCAAAGACUAGGUGGUUAUGCUUUAUUGAUGAAAUGGAGGAGAAGUCUUUGAAACGUAGUUCAAAGCUCAGGGCAUUGUUGAUGAUGUCAAGCCGCAGAUUUGACUUUGAAAGGAAUUCUCUGCGAUCCCUCAGAAUGUUGGAUUUAUCAAACUGCACUGUGGAUGAGCAUUAUGUGAAGGAUCUCUUCAGCUGGAUCAGCUCCCUUAAGCGCUUGGCAUCUUUGAACUUAAGUGGUAUUCAGGCUCUGAAAGAAGUGCCAUCUUCAAUUCAUAAUCUCCUCAACCUCCAACUUUUACUUCUAACAGGUUGCAGCAAUCUAGAAAAAAUACACCCUUCCAUCACUAAUUUGAAGAAGCUGAUUAUUUUGGACAUAGGCGGGUGUCCCAUCCAAUACUUACCUCAGGGAGUGGGAAGGCUUUCUUAUCUUCAAGAGUUCUCCGGAUUCAAGGCUGUGAGUCAGCCUAGAAUGCCAUGUUUCCGGCUUCUUGAGAUUAGGGACCUGAUCAACCUGAGAGUACUGCGAAUACAUGUAAGCAGUACCACAGUUAUCGCAGACAAUGAACUUGAUGUCCUCUCUCAGCUUAGAAGGCUCAAUGUUCUGGCUAUCGAUGCAGAAGAUUGUAGAAAUAACAAUGUUUUGGAAAUGCUAGAAAGGCUGACCCCUCCUCCAAGCCUCCAAGAGCUGUAUCUUAGGAAUUACAGGAAGGAAACUCUGCCUAGCUGGGUUAAUCCCGGACAGCUUUCAAGAUUGCAGUAUCUUUGCAUCGAGAAUGGAGACCUUGUCAAGCUAAGUAGUGGUCAAACCACCUGGAACCUUGAAGGCCUGUGUCUCAAGUACUUGAUGAGGCUAGAGGUAGACUGGAAGGACUUGGAGAAGGAUAUGCCUGUACUCCACUACAUGGAGAUCAGUCAUUGUUACGACUUGAAGGAUUUCCCAUGUUCUGUUAUGGAACCUGGGGUCUGGAGAAAGAAUUAAGGUUGGGGUAUUGAUGGCUUUGAGAUGACUCUAGCUACAACCCGGAGGUAUGCAAUUAAUCAAAACUUAUGUACAAUUGGAGGAAAUACUACUGGUUGCUUCUUGUUGUGGUAGCAGUAUUUUUGUUGUCUUUUUUAAGAGAGAGUAGAAGUGGUUUGAAAUGAAUUUUUCAUAUUGUUUAUGUGUGAUGUUAUCGUUAUACUUUGAAGUGGUCUGAAGCAUUUACUAUUAUGCAGAUGUAAACUUAUCUAUUCCCCGAGUGAUUGUGUACUGAUGACAUGCAUUCUCAAUUACGCUCUCCUUAUUGGU